UCCCUCGGACACAGCAGAUCACCGAUCCACGGAAAGAGCCGAAGAUGUCGGCUCGGUCAUGUGAUCAGCUGUGUCCAAUCACAGCUGAUCACAUGGGACAUAUACACAGAUCAUCAGGGCACUGAUGAUCAGUGUGCCCUGAUGAUCAGUGUAGCCCCAGCAGUGCCACCUGUCAGUGUCCAUCAGUGCCUUGUGUCAGUGCUCAUCAGUGCCAUGUGCCAAUGUCCAUCAGUGCCGCAUCAAUGCCACAUAUCAGUGCCCAUCUGAGCUGCCUUUCAGUGUCACCCAUCAGUGCCAGUCAGUGCCACCUAUCAGUGCUGCCAAUCAGUUUCACCUAUCAGUCAGUGCCUAUCAGUCAGUGCCACCUAACAGUG